UGCUUGGGAUGUGAUAAAAGGCCUAUAUUGAUGCCAUGGCUGAACCAGUGGAGAAUAAGUAUUUGGUGGCACGACCCAUAUAUUCAGAAGAUUCCUUUGGUGCUGACCAUGAAAUAGUGGAGAGGCGUCAUACAACUGCAUUGGAUCACCUAAAGCGGAUAUGUGGGUGUUCCCCCGAGAAGGCAAAGAAAAUAGCUUUAACGUUCUUCCCCAUUGCUUCUUGGCUACCUGCUUAUCGUUUUAGGGAGUGGAUUCUUAAUGAUUUAAUUUCUGGAGUGACAACAGGUCUUGUAGCUGUACUGCAAGGUUUAGCAUAUGCUCUACUUGCAAAUGUAUCUCCUGGAUAUGGACUGUACACAUCUUUUUUUCCGGUUGUGGUGUAUUUUUUCCUUGGGACAUCCAAACAUAUAUCUGCGGGUCCUUUUCCUGUUGUGAGUCUGAUGGUUGGCUCUGUAGUGGCUAAUCUUGUCCCUGAAAACAGUAUGGACAGUGGAAACUCCACUGUUGUCAAUGCCACUGCAGAAGACUUACUUAAUAAAGAGAGAAUAGUAGUAGCAGCGUCUUUAACCUUCCUUGUUGGGAUUAUUCAGUUGGCUUUAGGGCUUCUGAGAAUUGGCUUCAUUGUUAUAUAUUUGUCAGAACCAUUAAUUAAUGGCUUCACAACAGCUGCAGCUAUCGAAGUUGUGGUUUCCCAGCUAAAAUAUGUUUUUGGAAUUUCGAUCCCUUCAUUUAGUGGACCACUAGCUAUGUUUUAUUCACUGGAGAGCCUCUUUUCACAGAUAACAAAAACAAAUGUCGCUGAUCUUAUAAUAGCUCUUAUUGUGAUGGUUUUUGUAUAUAUUUUCAAAGAAAUAAAUGACCGUUUCAAGUCAAAGCUUCCUGUACCAAUACCUAUUGAAAUCAUAAUGACUAUAAUUGCAGCUGGAGUGUCAUAUGCAUUUAAUUUCCAAGACAAAUACAAAGUAAAUAUUGUUGGUCCUAUUCAAAAAGGAUAUCAAGCUCCCAUGGCACCAAGUAUAUCGGUUUUCAAAGCCACUAUUGCCAAUUCUUUCUCCAUUGCUAUUGUUGGAUUUGCUGUGGCCUUUUCUGUCGCUAAAGUGUAUUCAAUCAAGCAUAAUUAUAAUGUUAAUGGCAAUCAGGAAUUGAUAGCAUUUGGGCUUAGUAACAUACUUUGUGGCUCAUUCAGAGGAUUUGCAGCCAGCACUUCUUUAUCAAGGUCCUCAGUACAAGAAAGUACAGGAGGAAAAACACAGGUUGCAGGGAUUAUAUCAGCCAUACUUGUUUUGAUAGUGACUUUGGCUAUUGGAUACCUACUUGAACCUCUACCAAAGUCAGUUCUAGCAGGCAUCAUUAUAAUAAAUUUAAAGGGAAUGCUGAUGAAGUUUAAUGAAAUUCCAGUUUUGUUCCAGAGAGAUAAAUAUGAUUGUCUUGUUUGGAUAUUGACUUUUAUAGCUUCAGUAAUUCUUGGGCUGGAUCUUGGGCUUGCAGUUGGUGUAGGAAUUGAGCUUCUAACAGUGGUUUUCCGAGUACAGUUUCCCAGAUUUGUGGUGCUAGCCAACAUCUUGAAAACAGACAUCUAUAAAAAUAAAAAAGACUAUAACAAUAUGCAUGAGCCAAGUGGACUGAAGAUUUUCAGAUGCCCAUCACCAAUAUUUUUUGCUAAUUCGGAAUUCUUCAAAGAAAAACUUAUAGCUGCUGCUGGCUUUAAUCCACUGUGGGUGCUUCGUAAGCGCAAUAAGGCUUUGAGGAAAAUUAAGAAGCUGUUGAAAAAAGGAGAGCUACAUGUGACAUCAAAAGGAUUGAUCUGCACGUCAUAUGACUACAAAGAGUCUGAUGAUGAAGAAUUAGACAACAACAGGUUGGAAGAAUUAGAUCAGCCUACAAACACAGCUGAUUUGCCUAUUGACAUCAACUGGAAUGAUGAUCUACCAGAUAUCCUCAGUGUUCCCAAAGUUGACAUACAUAGUUUGAUUAUUGAUUUUGGAGCAGUGUCAUUUAUUGAUAUGUCUGGAAUGAAAGCCCUAAAAGGAAUUUUGAAGGAAUUCAUAAAGAUUGGAGUAGAUAUAUACAUUGCUAAUGCUGAUGGUGGUGUUUUAGAGAAAUUGAAAAGGAGUAAAUUUUUUGAUGAUGACAUAAAAACAUCUAUGUUUUUCAUCACUGUCCAUGAUGCUGUUCUGCAUGUUCUUGAAAAAAAUGGUUUGAAAAACAUAACACAGAGAGGCCAAAUGAAGGAAACAGACAGUAUUCUGUUGUCAAGUCCAACCACUAAUGGAACUAUCUACAGGAACAAUCAUUCAAUUGGGAAUGAAACAAGAUUCUAAGGAUAUAUUUAUUUUAUUUUCAUCACCUAGAAAUGUAUAUACCUUAGAGUCAUGCAUUUACCAUAUCCAGAAACUGCAGGGUUCUCAAUAGUUUUUAUUACAUGUUUUGCAGUAGUGGAAAGGAUACAAUGUGUAAAAAUAUAAAAGUUGGUUUCAAGGAGACACAUCUUAAGUAUAUUUAAUUCAACAUAUUUUGUUAUAUUGUAAAAACUCAUUGUCAUUUUUUAUCAUUCCUUAUUCUGAAAAAUAAAGGUUAAGAUGUAUAUUGAAAAGGUAGCAAAUAUUUAAUAUGUCGGUUGUUGUUUUUAAGGAAUACAUAGAAUGCAUUUUUCUUAAGGAAAACAUUUUACAUUUUGAAUGACAGACUUUGUUUGUCCAUAGUCCUACAAAAAAGGCUAGCUUUGAAUUUAUUUAUUUUGUUUUGGAAAUGUUAUAUACAUUAUCUUGUAACUCUUCAAGACUAUAUCAAAAUUAGACUUUUUGUCUGUAUAGGAUAUUUUUUUCUUCAUAAAGAACAAUAAAAAUGUAUGUUUCUGUAUGAAGUACA